CAGAGUGCUAGGAUUACAGGAAUGAGCCACCAUGCCCAGCCUUAUUUUACCUUUUAACACCACCCUACCCCCUGGAGCCCUGUUUUUCUCAUCUGUAAAAUGGGUGUUGUUGAUCUUUCACCCUCUAAGACUGUAGGGAGUAGAAAGUCUAUGGUUGUCAAUGUCAAUUUCCUCUGCCUCCCUCAAUUUGACUAUUGGGGAACCCAAGACCCAGAUAGGGCAGUGACUUGUGUCAACCUAAAUAAGGAGAUUCAGCCAAUAUGAUUAAAUAUUGAGUUUGAGUGCAAAGUUUGAGGACUGCUAGUGGGGAGGACACAGACUUCAAAAAGAUUGGGUCAGUACCUUGGAGGGGAGAGGUUUGAGCGGCGUUUACACAGGCAAGGUCUGGAGAAGCUUAAGAGGAGUUCAACUUUUUUCAUACUAGGUUAGCUCAUUGUUGCAGCAAUCUGGUUGAAGGCAGUGUUUCUUUUUUGGGAAGGGUAUAUUUAAUAUUCCGCAUUAAGUACGUAAUAGUCAAGGGGUCUUUUCUCUCAGGUGCCACCUGGUCUGAGCCAGGGACAACAAAAUAAGGCAGGAAGUUAGUUAAUCUAUAACAAAAGGUCAGUAAUUAAAGGGCCAUUCUCCAUGACUGGGUCUCCAAAGUCAAGCUUCCUCAAGGCCUAACAACUUUCAGAAGCCCCAAAUAACAUGGAUUGUCCACUCCCUUUCACACUUGCCUAGGGUCUCACGGCAAGGAACGCCCAGCUCAGGCCAAUCCGGCCGGGCGCAGUGGCCCCCACCCAGGGGCGGGGAGCCAGGUGCACUUCCGCUGGCCCAAGUUACUGGCAGUCGCAGGGCUGCGCAGUGCGAGCCGCCAGCCGCGCAGGGAUGAUAAGUCCGACCUCUGUGCCCCGGUCCCCGCGGCCUGGCCCGCCGACGAUAUCGACGGUUGUGGAGCUGAACGUGGGGGGUGAGUUCUACACCACCACCCUGGGCACCCUGAGAAAACUCCCGGGUUCGAAGCUAGCAGAGAUGUUCUCCAGCUCCGCCAAGGCCUGCACGGAUGCGGAGGGCCGCUUCUUCAUCGAUCGCCCCGGCACCUAUUUCAGACCCAUCCUGGACUACCUGCGCAGCGGGCAGGUGCCCAGGCAGCACAUCCCUGAAGUGUACCGUGAGGCUCAGUUCUACGAGAUCAAGCCUUUGGUCAAGCUCCUGGAGGACACGCCGCAGAUUUUCGGCGAGCAGAUGGCUCGGAAGCAGUUUCUGCUGCGAGUGCCCGGCUACAGCGAGAACCUGGAGCUCAUGGUGCGGCUGGCGCGCGCCGAGGCGGUGGCCGCGCGCAGGUCGAGCGUGCUGGUGUGCGCGGUGCACACCGAGGAGGAGGAUGCGCAGAGUGCCGAGGCCCUGCGUGCCCUAGAGGCUGACAAGAAGUCUGUUGUCAAGUUUGGGCCCUGGAAGGCGGCCCCAGACACAGACGACCUCCUGCACUGCGUGGAGAUGGACAUUAAGGCCCAGGGGUACACGGUAUUCUAUGAGCGCUACCAGUUUGAGAAGGUAUUCCGGGCCAGGCCUUGCCUUUCCUUCUACACUUUUGUCUUCACCUGGUGGUGAUCCCCAAGGGCAGGAACUAUUUGUCAUGGGCUCUUGUGGGGCUUAUGGAAUUAAAAGUUGACAUCAAAAA